AUGCAUUCCUAUAUCCGGCCGGAUCAGUUCGUCGCUAUCUGCCUACCGUCAGACCAGACCCGAAUUGUCAAGGUGAUCCCCGAUACCAUAGUUCAAUUGGGCAAAUAUGGCAGCUUCCCCGCGAAUCAGAUUCUUGGGCGGCCUUUCUACGUGACCUAUGAGCUUCUGGACUCCCCCGAAAGUGAUGGCCAUCAAUUACGGGCUGUUACGGCUACCGAAUUGCAUACCGAAACCCUCAUCGCCGAAGGUGAGGCCGAUGGCGAGGGGGAGGACCUGGAGAUGGGCGGCGACGGGAUCCCCAUGCGCACCAACCGCGAGACGUUCGACGAUUCAUCCAGCCAGCGGUUGACCGUGCAGGAGAUCGAGGAGUUGAAGCAGGAGGCCUCCGGGUCGGGAAGGGAGAUUGUCGCAAAAAUCCUGGAAUCGCACUCGGCACUGGACCAGAAAACUGCAUUCUCCCUGGCCAAGUACACAUUGCGGAAGCGCAAGAAGUACAUCCGGAGGUUCACAGUGCUCCCGAUGGAUGUGGGCCUCCUCACCAAUUACAUGCUGGAAGAGCGAGACGCUCAGCGGACGAUGGAGUUGCGGGACGAGCACAUUGGGCUGAUUGGGUGUUGGGGCAAUGUGCACCACAGCGGGGACGCUACCUUCAAUUCCAUUUCGACGGUCCAGCCAAAUGGCCGCUAUUUGGUGGUUGAUGAGACAGGGGGGCUCGUCGUCGCUGCCAUGGCCGAGCGCAUGGGGAUCCUGUACCCUCAUGAUGGCGAAGAGGAUUCGGUGGACGAGCAAGACCCUCCUCCCGGUGAUAACGGAGGUGAAACCAGGGAAACUGAGGUGCCCACGAAAUCCCGGCGCAACCGCCGCGUGCCAAUGUCGGCUUCGGGAAACACCAUCACUGUGAUCCACGCGUACUCACAACCCAACCUGUCACUCCUGAAGUAUUUCGGCUAUGACACGAACAACCCCGACGAAUCUCAUCCACUGCACACCCACCUCAAAACUGUAUCUUGGAUGCAGCUGGUCGACCCCAGUGCAGAUCCCAUCUACUCCAACGAACCACCCGUCAUCCCUGCCACGGAACUGGCCUCCCUCAAGCAGAACAAGCGCGCCACAUAUUAUCAUAAGCGCACUCGAUGGGAGAGAGUCAAGCGGGUUGUGGAUGAGGCCCGUGCCGGCGAUUUCGAUGGUCUCGUGGUGGCCACGCUGCUGGAGCCUCCAGGCGUUUUGAAGAACCUUGUCCCGCUCCUGGCGGGCUCGGCUUCGGUCGCCGUCUACUCGCCGACAGUCGAGCCGCUCGUCCAUCUGAUGGACAUGUAUUCCACCGCGAGGAGAACGGCGUUCAUCAAUCGCAAGCGGGAUCUGGAGGCUCAGAAUGACGGCACCGUCGAUCUCUCCCAGCUGGAUGAGGAGUUCGAGGUCGAUCCCACGCAGCUCCUCCCGCCAACCUUGCAAACCUCGCGCGUGCGCCCCUGGCAAGUUCUGCCGGGCCGCACUCACCCUCUCAUGACAGGACGUGGUGGAGCCGAAGGGUAUCUCUUCCAUGGAAUUCGGGUCGUUCCCACGACCGUGCAUAUCCAGGCUGCAGGUGCAGUUCGAAAACGACGGAAAGUGGCCACAUCCACUCCGGCCAGCGAUCGAGAUGUGGACAUGGCGCCCUAA